UACGUCUCUACGUCGUCUCUACAAUAUCUAUACGUCGUCUCUAUAACGUCUAUACGUCGUCUCUACAACGUCUAUACGUCGUUUCUACAACGUCUAUACGUCGUUUCUACAAUGUCUAUACGUCGUCUCUACAACGUCUAUACGUUGUCUAUACGUCGUCUAUACAACGUCUAUACGUCGUUUCUACGUCUCUACGUCAUCUCUACAACAUCUAUACGUCGUCUCUAUAACGUCUAUACGUCGUCUUGUCGCGUCUCCUUCAAGUCUCCCAUGUCUCUAAACCGUAUCUACCUCGUCUCUAUGUCAUCUCUAAGUCGUUUCUACGUUGUCUCCACGUUAUCUAUACGUUGUCUCUACGUCGUCUCUAAUUCGUGUCUUUGUCCUACCUUUGUCGGCCUUUCUACGCUGUUCCUUAGUUGA